AUGGAUUCUUCUUUCAAUACUUCUUCUGUCAGUUCAUUUUCUAUUUCCAUUAAUACUAAUCCUGCUUCUGUUUUACAGAUUGAAGAAAGAAAAGCAAGCUCUAGCAAAAGAUCCCCUAUUUUUAUGGGUUGUUGUGCAGAAGGCAAAGUGAUUCUUCCAUCUUUGCAAGAUCCACCACCUAUAUUAUAUGCACUUCUUACCAGUACUAAUGCAAGGGCUCGAAAUUUUCAUCAGAGAAUUCGAUCAUACAAUUCAGCUUUAGCUUUUACUUCAAUUGGAGCUAAUAUCGAUGAUAGUGUUACUAGUGUUGGAGGUGUUUAUAUGUUUCGAAUUCAUGGAAAGAUGUAUCACAAUAUUGGAUCUCUUCUUCUAGCACAACCUGGUGCAUCUCCACAUUUUGCACAAAUUUAUGUUUAUGAUACUGAGCACAAAUUACAAAACAGGAUGAAUGUAAUGCCUUCUUUAGAUGCUUCUGUACUUGCAGAUUUACAACAAAUGUUGGACCAAGUCAAUCCAUAUGUCACUGUUUUUAGACAGGUACGUAAUAAGUUGACACAGAAACCUGCUACAACACUUUCAAUGAUAAUUAGAGCAGAUAGAACAGCGGAUCUGCGACGAUAUAAUAUAUCAGCUGCCAAUGAAGUUGCAGCAAUUUUAGUGGGAAAUGAGCAUGAGACUGAGCCCUCACAUCGUGAUAUUGUACUUAGUCUUUGUAAUGGAACUUUGCAGAGAAUAUCAGAGUUGCAUAGAUCAUAUAUUCUUUUACAUUAUGUAUUGCUGUUUCCAAGAGGUGAAGAUGAUUCUAUGUGUGAUGAUAAUGAGAGUUCACAUAUUGCAAGACAUAGAUUUGUUACACUUAUGCAGUUCUACGCAUAUCGUUUGCAUGUGCGAAUAAAAGAAAGAUCUGGAUUACAUCUAGCAGAUUGUCUAUUUCAGCAAUAUAUUGUAAACACCUAUGCUGUUAUUGAGCAAAACUGGUUAAAUUUUUUAAAAUCCAACCAGAAAAAAAUUUGCACUGAGCUAUAUCAAGGUUUACAGGAUGUUUUUCAGACUGCAAAUGUGCAGCAAGGUGGAGAAAUAGGCCAACGAAUCGUUCUUCCUUCAACAUUUAUGGGAGGCCCUUGA